AUGGAGGAUCCUCAAUCGCUACGUCCAAAGCAGGCCGCCUGUCUGGUCUGCCGCCGAAGCAAGAUCAAGUGCGACUAUUCUCCGCAUGAGAACAAAUGCAAGAGGUGCAUUCAGCUCGAUUCUGAGUGCAUACGGCCUACGUUCCACGCUGGAAGACAGAAGGGAAUCAAGAACAAGCGAAAGGGCCUAGAUAAAGCUCUCUAUCAGAUUGAGCAGGCCAUCAAAAGAGCCAGAACCGGUGAACACAACUCCGAAGAUGACAAGGCCAUCGGCAGUCUCCAGGCGCUCCUGGAGGGCUCUCGAAAUGCUCGGUCAACUACCGCCUCCUCUCACUUAAGGCGGGGUUCAUCGCAUUUCAACAGCCCCGACCAACCCGACCUCUCAUCUGACGAUGAUGAUGACCUGGACAACACCCCAGACAGCAACACUUAUAUGAGUUUGCAUCAUCACAACGAGGAGAGCCUGGCAAUCGACGAUGCCGAAAACCCGCUCCAACUCCUGGCGCGCGCUUCGAAUCUGCAGCUUUCGCCCAAGCCCAUCAGUGGCCUCUCGCCAAAGCAGCCAGGUCCCCGCGCCGGGCGCAAGAAGCAGGUCGAACAACCCGAUGAGGACUUGGAGAUCCAGUCCUUCUUCACCUCUGUUCGCGUCAACUUCGAUGUCGGCGACGACAUAGAUCCCAUCACCAUGGGUCUUGUAACUGAGGAAGAGGCAGAAUCAUUAUUUGCUUUCUUCCAUGGCAAACUUGCCCACACCCGAUGGGGACUUGAUCCCAAGAUCUACACUCCAUCCUUCACGCGCUCGCGAUCUGCCUUCUUGUGCACCUCCAUCAUGGCCGCAUCGGCCCUGUUCCUUCCAUCCGCUGGUGCCUUGUCCAAGAGACUGUCAAACCAUUGCAAGACCCUCGCACAUAGAGUCAUCGCGAACCGACACAAGUCCGUUGAGAUUGUUCUUGCAUUCAUGGUCAACGUUCCAUGGAUGUUUCCUGGCCAGCAUAGCACUGAUGAUGAGACUUGCUGGUAUGUCAAUAUGGCUGCCACUAUCGCCAUUGAUCUGUCCUUGAAUAAGCUCCUCAUCCCAAUGGAAGUUGUUGGUUCCGGUUCGAACAUGGCUUUGUCCCGUGGAGACUGUCUUGAUCCUCGGACAGCACUGGCCAUGGACGGCUUCAGCCACAUUGAACAUACCUCUGAUCUUGGACAGCGCCUUCUCCGUCGCCGUGAGCGCUGUUGGAUCGCACUUUUCGUUCUUGAACGAGGCAUGUCUCUAGCUCGCGGCCGACCCUAUACCGUGCCCAUCACCCGGGUCAUCAAAGACUGCGACCAAUGGCAUCGGUCCAGCAUUGCUGACCCCAUGGAUGGUCAUCUAGUCUCGAUGGCCGUCCUUCGCCGAGACCUCGACGGACUACUCAACACAGUCCGCGCGCUCUGCGACGGGUCGCAGGGAAUAUCUACGGACGGCGGGCUCAUCGCCCAGUCGAUCCAGAGUGCUAUUGAGAGAUUCUUCGAUCAAUGGCUGACUGAAUGGGGCUACGCCAUUGGCACAGGCCCCCAGCGCCGACUCCCUCCGUACGUUGAGAUUCUCGUCACCCACACCCGGCUCUCGACGUACGGAGGCGUCAUCAACCACCCGACCGCCCCGAUGGAAGUCCGGCAAUUCUUCCGUACGGCCGGGCUAUCGUCUGCUGUGACGGUCAUGCGAGCAGCGAUCCAAGGAGAGUCGCAGCUCCAGUCGAUCCCGAACAACACGACAAUCAUGGUCUCGUUUGCAGCCUGUUUUGCCCUGACUCUGAGCGCCUACGCCACGGGCAGCUCGAACUUGGCACCUAGCAUUCGGAACCUCAUUGAAGAAACGGCAGAUGUCUUGGAACGUAUUGGCUCUGCCACAAAGCACAGAAAUGGCUUGUCUACACUGUACGGAAAAUAUCUAAGACGUAUCGUCAGGAAGGCGGCCACAGCCAUGGAUGGCCAGCCUCAGACGAGUAUGCAACCUGAUCCAAGUAUCCCUCGCAGUGGUCAGCUCGGAACGCCCUCGUCGGCUGUUGCUGCCUCGCCUCCCGUCAAUAUGGGGCCACCGGUCUCGCAGCCGCCUUACAUGGAGUCGCAGCUAUGGCCUGGGACUUUGCAGUUCUCUGCCAUGUCUGACGACCAGAUUGCUGAGGUUCUCAAUCAGCCAGGCAACGAGUUCGACCCCUCAUUUGCAGGCCUAUCCUGGGACGACAUGAACAACUUUGACUGGCUAAGCUGGCCUAAUUUGACAGAGUUUGGGUUCUAG